AUGCGAGGGGUUUCAAUGCCCACUUACCAAUACGCCCAACUAGCAGAAGCGUAUCUUCAGCCCCGUCUCCCAGCGAUUCCAGGAGAGCGUCCCAAGGUCCCGGACAUUCUGUCUCUUGCCAUGACCACUCGUGCGUAUACGAGGGUCGUGUUGCGGUUGAGGGCGCAAGCAGAGAGUGAGGCGAGGGCGUUUGCGAGGUCACAUGUCAGUCCUGUGUCGUCGAGACCUGGUACGCGUGACGGGCAAGUGGUGCGGCAUUCCUCGAGUCGUACGCCAUCCCCGACGUCGUUAUUUUCCAAUGGCAAGACGUCCUCGGUCUCUUCUUCGAGCAAGCGGACCUUCCAAUCUCCCUUGGUCCGACUGCACCGUGCGCCGCUCUUGCGGGUAUUCGUUCCUUCUCCCGAAGGGGAGUGGUUAUCUGAUUCGAGCGUGGUGGAGUGUGAGGCCGAGCUGAGGAGGGCUGGUGUGUUGAAGAUGUUGAGGGUUGGGGAUGUGGUGUGGGAUGUUGCUGUGGGUGAUGAGGGAAAUCUGGGGAGGAUGGUUUGGGACGGGAGUUAUCUUGUGGACCUGGAUUACAAGUACUCGCCAAUGGGCGAGCUGGCUCCUUAUUUCCACAGUCUCGCGUUCCCUCCGUCGUAUUUCCACCGCGUCAUUCGGACGGGUGUUAAUCCUACUUUGAAUCCGGGGGGCAAUCCUAUUGUUCAUCUGGAUGUCAGUCCUUGGGGUGAUGAGCUCGCUGCGAACUUGCAGUUGAUACAGGAUAGGGCUACGACAGCGACCCCGCACGGAACGCUGCACAGCGUCGUCCACUGGCUGCACCGCUCCUCAUUCACGAUCCGACCUCCUGUAUCGGCGCACCACCCACACGCCUACUCUCACAGCCAAAACCUGCGCCUCCCGAUUCCUAACGUUGCAGGCUUUUUCAUCGAUCCUGGCUGGUACGGGACUGUGGUCGUCGAAGCUGAAGGCACGAACGAGGGUCUUGCAGAUUUCCAAACGCGCUGCGGACCUGGUGCAUUCCCUCCUCGCGCGGACAAUGUUACGUCAAAAAUGAGGAGUGAGAAGGAGAAGGGGAGUAGGCGCGUUUACAGAGUGUUGAGGGAGAAGAGUCGUCCUGGUGAGAUCUGGAUUCGAGCAGUUCGCGAGAAGGAACGUGUUAUGUGA